GUCAGUGUAAGCGCCUCUGUAAAACUGGUACUUACAGACGGGGAGAGGGACUGAGGUGGAAGGAGUCCGAAAUAUCUCCAGUAGUAUCGGCUAAAGGGCUUUGGUACCUGGAGGAGACUGUGUUAGCGACAGAUGAAACUUCAGUGGCCUGGCAUGGACGUCCUAUCACAUUUCAAUAGAAUGCGCUGAACCUGACAAACUUGUAAAACUAAAGCCAAACAGAUAAUCUAAUUUUCUUUAAUUGGUCAAGAACGUAUUCGAAUUCUCUUCAACCAUGCAUGGAAGCUCGCGGUCAGUGGGUAAAAUGGAACAAAGUAAUCAGAGUCCUGGACGCUCGCCAAGACUACCAAGGUCACCGCGCCUGGGUCACCGUCGAACAAACAGCACCGGAGGUAAUUCUGGUACCAGUGCUGGUAGUGGUGGUGGGAAAACCCUGUCCAUGGAGAAUAUCCAAUCACUGAAUGCUGCCUAUGCUACAUCUAGCCCCAUGUACUUAAGUGACCAUGACCAUGUUGGUACAGACUCCCCUAAGACUACAAUGACAUUAGGUAGAGCUUCUGGACGCUUACCGUUCGGUGUUAGGAUGAAUACCAUGGGAAGCAGCCCAAAUAUUGCCACAACUGGUGUGGCUAGUGAUACUAUCGCUUUUGGAGAACAUCACCUACCAACAACAAGUCUAGCAUCGACUGUACCACAUUCAUUGCGGCAGGCAAGGGAUAAUACAAUUAUGGAUCUGCAGUCACAGUUGAAAGAAGUCCUUCGUGAGAAUGAUCUGCUUCGGAAAGAAGUUGAUAUGAAAGAGGGCAAGCUCAGCUCUUCUAUGAAUAGUAUCAAAACUUUUUGGAGUCCAGAGCUGAAGAAGGAGCGAGCACUUCGUAAAGAUGAGGUGGCUAAGAUGACAAUUUGGAAAGAGCAAUUUCGAGUUCUACAGGAUGAAAAUCAGCACCUUCAGAUGACCAUUCAGGCAUUGCAGGAUGAACUCCGCAUCCAGCGGGAUCUGAACCAACUCCUUCAGCAGGAUAACAGCAGCCGGACAAGUGAACCAUUUGUUGCGGAGCUGACGGAGGAAAAUUUCCACCAUCUUCACGCUGAACAUGAGCGUCAGGCUAAGGAGCUAUUCCUAUUGCGCAAGACUUUGGAGGAAAUGGAAUUGCGCAUUGAGACUCAGAAACAAACUCUCUGCGCCCGUGAUGAGUCAAUUAAAAAACUCCUGGAGAUGCUACAGAGCAAAGGACUCUCCUCAAAGGUGAUAGAAGAAGACCAUGAGCGAAUACGGCGUCUAGCUGAAGCAGAGAUGCUUGUGAACCAGUUGGAAAACGUAAUUGAACAAAAAGAAAAAGAAAAUCAUCAGCUAAGAGAAGAUAUUCAACGGAGAUGCGAAGUGGCACCAGAAUCGGCCAAGACAAAAGCAUUGCAAACGGUCAUUGAAAUGAAGGAUAGUAAAAUCUCCUCACUUGAGCGGAAUAUUCAAGAUCUUGAGGAUGAGAUACAGAUGCUCAAAUCAAAUGGAGCACUGAGCACUGAGGAGAGAGAAGAGGAGAUGAAACAGAUGGAAGUAUACAGGAGCCAUUCCAAGUUUAUGAAGAAUAAGGUAGAACAACUGAAAGAAGAGCUAAAUUCCAAAGGGGUCCAGACUGAAGAGCUAAGAAAAAAAGUGACUGCUCUCCAGCUCGAGGUUGAUCAAGUGAAACAGGAGCUUUCCAGAAAGGAAACGGAUCUACUUGCUUUGCAGACCAAACUUGAAACAUUGGCAAACCAAUUUUCAGACAGCAAGCAGCAUGUGGAGGUGCUGAAAGAAUCACUUACAGCAAAGGAACAGAGAGCUGCCAUUCUGCAGACAGAGGUGGAUGCAUUGCGUCUACGCCUUGAAGAGAAGGAAAGCAUGUUGAAUAAGAAGUCUAAGCAGAUGCAAGAGAUGGCUGAGGAGAAGGGAACCCUGGCUGGAGAGAUUCAUGAUCUCAAAGACAUGAUGGAAGUUAAAGAGCGUAAAGUUGUUGUCUUGCAGAAGAAGAUUGAGAACUUGCAGGAACAACUCAGGGAUAAAGAGAGGCAAAUGAAUAGUUUAAAAGAGCGUGUAAAAUCAUUGCAGGCUGACACCACCAAUACGGAUACUGCCUUAACUACCCUAGAGGAAGCUCUUGGAGAGAAGGAGAGAAUAAUUGAGCGGCUUAAAGACCAAAGAGAAAGAGACGAAAGAGAAAAGCAAGAUGAAAUCGAUGGCUACAAGAAAGAGUUGAAAGAAAUUAAAGAAAGGGUCACCAGCCUGCAAGGAGAUCUCUCAGAAAAGGAGGCAAUAUUACUGGACCUCAAAGAGCAUGCUUCAUCUUUGGCGUCAUCUGGAUUGAAGAAGGAUUCAAAGCUGAAAACACUGGAGAUAGCUCUUGAACAGAAGAAGGAGGAAUGCACGAAAUUAGAAGAACAGCUACACAAGACCCUUGAGGCUACAAAUGAAGGACGAGCCAGUGCUGAACUCAGUGACCGUAUCCAGCAAUUGGAGAAGGUGGUGGCACAGUAUAGAGAUGAGGUGAACAAAGGCCAAGCAGAGGUUGACAGACUGCUUGAGAUCUUAAAGGAAAUGGAAAAUGAAAAAAAUGACAAAGAUAAGAAGAUAGCAGAAUUGGAGAAGCAGAUGAAGGAACAAAGCAAGAAAGUGGCCAACUUAAAGCACAAAGAACAGGUGGAAAAGAAAAAAAAUGCCCAGCUGUUAGAGGAAGCACGCCGAAGGGAAGAUAAUUUAGCUGAUGGCUCCCAUCAACUUCAGGAUACUUUACGACAAAAAGACGACCGGAUUGAGGAAUUAGAGGAGGCUUUGCGGGAGAGUGUACAGAUUACAGCAGAACGUGAGAUGGUCUUAGCACAAGAAGAAGCUGCAAGGAAUGAUUCUGAGAAACAGGUAGAAGAGUUAAUGGCAGCUAUGGAAAAAGUGAAACAAGAACUGGAAUUGAUGAAAGCUAAGCUGUCCUCUACCCAGCAGUCCCUCGUAGAAAAGGAAGCCCACCUCACUAACCUGCAUGCUGAGAGACGGAAGCAUCUUGAGGAAGUCCUUGAAAUGAAACAAGAAGCACUACUAGCCGCGAUCAGUGAGAAGGAUGCUAAUAUUGCUCUACUGGAACUCUCCUCAUCUAAGAAAAAGAAGACACAGGAAGAGGUGGCAUCACUAAAAAGGGAGAAGGAUAGAUUGGUGCAACAGCUCAAACAGCAGACCCAGAACCGAAUGAAGCUGAUGGCAGAUAAUUAUGAGGAAGACCAUUUGAAAUCCUCAGCACAAGCCGAGCAGACAAACCAUAAACCCUCCCCAGAACAGAUCGUCCAGUCACUAUUAGAACUGAACCAGAAUCGCAGUAAACUGAAGCUGUACAUAGGACACCUCAUGGCUCUGUGUCAGGACCGCGACUCACAAAUUCUUCAAGGAUUGACACCACCCCCAGCAUAUGGUGGUAUUGAUAACAACAGGGCAAUGUGGGAGGAAGCACUGCAGAAAAUGAGCUCAGAGCAGCUGAAUGCUGAGCUUGAACAGUGUGAAAAAGAAAGUUCACAACUUCAGGACUACGCCAACACUAUCCUGCAGCAGAUCGCAGACCACUGCCCUGACAUCCUUGAACUGGUAGUCAAUGCCUUAGAAGAAUCCUCGUGAGUCACCGUGAUUGGACAUCAGUGCUGAGCUAAGAAACAAUGUUACUGUAGUUUUUUUAGAAUUUGUAUUUUUUUCUGUAAAAUUUACUAUGGUCACAUGACAUUGACCAGACUUAUUGCAGUGAACUGUUCUAUGCAAAUUUUGGUAAAAGAAAAGGUAAAGCACCAAGUUACAACUGUUUCUAUUGAACCCUUUGGAUCCUAAAAUAACCCCAAACACCCAAAUUGUAAGUUGAUACAGGGAUGUGGGUAUUUGGAAUUCCGUAACUCUUGAAAUCUCUUGAAUUUCAUGUUAUUAACACUAAGUAUCUUAGACAUACAAACGGGAAUGAUUCCAAUGGCACUUGCAUUGGCUAAAUGAUACACAGUAGCCCUUUUGACAGUGGGCAGGUUCCAUUCCACAUCUCAUUGCACAACAUCAGGUGGAGUGUUGACCAAUUUUCUGUGGUCUCUGGUUUGAGUUUGAAUUACUUUAAAAGCAGAAAAAGUGCAAAAAAAAGAAAAAUGCAGUUAAACAAAAACACCUAACAGGUCUUAUCAUAAAGCAGAAAAUCGAGGACUGCAGCACAGUUUAACAAUGAUCAGCAGUUUCAUAUUUCAAAUCAAAACAGUCCUCAAUUCUGUGGAACAGUGAUUGGAACUGACCAUUUAUCCUUUCAACUGGUGUACCUGAGAUAGUUUCCCAAUGGAAACUAUUGUCCUUCCUUACUUUUACCAGGUACCUCAAAAGACCUAGACACUUAAAUAAGUUUCAUUCAACACUUUCUAGGUUCUAAAGGGUUGAUGCAAUGCACGAACAGGUCUGACACAGCUCUGGAUGGUAUCAAUGCCAUUAACAGACAUGGUACAUGAGUACAGAAAUCCAUGGCUAUAAGUUUUCAAAUGAACACUACAAGUUUUCUUUAUUAAUGAAAUGGAACCUCCAUUCUCUACCACAGAGUGAGCAACAGAAAUUGGCAGAUAACUAACAAACUCCAAAUUUUGGCUUUAGACAUAUAAUGCAACAAUACAUUCAUGCUGAGGAAUAAAGACAACACAUAUGAAAAUAAUAUGAAUUGCAUGGGCAGUUGUAGGUGAUUUAUGCAAUUCAUUAGGACAGUAACUUUAGUGGGCUGCAAUAUAAGUUUAUUUCUCAUGUAACCAAUUCGCCUUUGAAAAUUCUAACACAUAAUUGGGAAGACAAUUAUUUAAUGGAGUGUAAACAACUGAGGUUGCACCAUGUGGCAUAAAGACACCUGUACCUUAAAUCCUCACAAAGCAAAUACUUAAAAGCACAGCACUGCCAAAUCUGUACUUGUCAGUCCAUCUAAGGAACAUUGCAUUGGUAAACAACAACCCCUGCCCUGCAUUACACUCUUAAACUAUUUGUCUCCAGUGCAACACUACAUUGUGAUUUACUAGUGCAAUUGAUGCCACUUUAUUUCAUGAUUUUAGUUGUGCCACAGAGUGCUUCUACUUGAAUGUACUUUCAGUGCAUUAAAACAGUUAGAAAUUUGAAUCAUCAUGGCCUUUUAAAACUUGACAAAUGGAACAUUGAUGACCAAAAAAGUGCAGAUACGUCACCAAUUCUUGCUAAGAUUCCUUUGAGCGGGAUGAGUAGCAGAGGGAAACUGUUAUCCAAAAUGUUGAAGUCAACUAGCUGUGACAGAUCCAUUCUAUGAUACUGAAAUGAAGCCCAUUUUCAGAAAAAGCUAUGGUAAUAUGUCUUGCAUUUGAUCAAUUUUAUAUAUUGCAUUAUUCCAAGUAUUCUUGUUAGAUCAGUGGUCUGAAUCCUGUACAACUUCAUCAUGUUUUGACAUUUACGUUUUUACAAUGGCUGUGGAAUUAUUAUUGGUCAUGUUAAUCCAAUGCCUUAAAUUUAAAACAUUCAAGCCAUCUACUGGACAUUGGCAUUCCUCUUCAAGUAAUAUUUAAUAUUAAUGAAUAGACAUGAAGUUUAGUAGAUGUGCUGUUACUUGCUUGUAUAAAAAUGUAGCAAUUCAGAAUCAGUAACCACUGAUAUUAAACUCCCCAAAGAAUUUAUCUAAAUGAACAAUUGAUGAUGAGCACCGCAAACAAUGAUUUCUGAGUUAUACUUCAGAAAUGAAUAGGAAUGGUUUUGUGCAGAGGAAAGCUAUUAAAAUAGAUAUUGAAUCAUAUUACACAAAGUCAAAUAAAUUUAAGCAGAAUUUAGGGAGUUAAAAAAUCUCAAGCCACUAAAAAAAAGAAUCAAGUAAUAGAGUUAUACAGUGGGGAAAAGGGGGUCUUUGGCCAGUUGAAACCAUGCUUACCACGUUUAGUUACAUCUGUAUCAAGACUGUUAUUGAAAAGCAU